UGUUAUUUGUGUUUUGUGAGGGGAGGGAAAACAAAACUUGACAACGCAUAGAUUAAAAAUCGGAAAAUUUAUCUGGUGUGCAGGCAUUUUCAUUUUCAUCUUAACCCAAGCCCUUCUUCUCUCUGAGGAGGAGGGUUUUUAUUCCAUCUUUUUUCGGCUGGUUUCUAAGGGGAGUUUUGUGUGCAUAAACCGCCAUGUACAUUAAACAGGUUAUUAUUCAAGGGUUUCGCAGCUACAGAGAUCAGACUGUGGUUGACCCCUUCAGCUCCAAACACAAUGUCAUCGUUGGAAGAAAUGGAUCUGGGAAGAGUAACUUCUUUUAUGCCAUCCAGUUUGUGCUCAGCGAUGAGUUCAGUCAUCUUCGGCCAGAACAGCGUCUGGCUCUGCUGCAUGAAGGCACUGGCCCUCGUGUCAUUUCCGCCUUUGUGGAAAUUAUUUUCGACAACUCCGACAACAGGCUGCCGAUUGAUAAAGAGGAGGUGUCUCUGCGCCGUGUCAUCGGAGCGAAGAAAGACCAGUACUUCUUAGACAAGAAGAUGGUCACUAAGAAUGAUGUGAUGAAUCUAUUGGAAAGUGCUGGUUUCUCCCGCAGUAACCCUUAUUACAUCGUCAAGCAGGGGAAGAUCAAUCAGAUGGCAACAGCGCCGGACUCUCAGCGUCUGAAGCUGCUCAGAGAGGUGGCUGGCACCAGAGUCUAUGAUGAGCGUAAAGAGGAGAGUAUCUCGCUCAUGAAGGAAACAGAGGGUAAGAGAGAGAAGAUUAAUGAGCUGCUGAAGUACAUCGAGGAGCGUCUACACACUCUGGAGGACGAGAAAGAAGAACUGGCACAGUACCAGAAAUGGGACAAAAUGAGGAGAGCUCUGGAGUACACCAUCUACAACCAGGAGCUCAAUGAGACCAGGGCCAAACUGGAUGAAUUGUCCAGUAAGAGAGAGACCUGUGGAGACAAAUCUAGACAACUGCGAGACGCUCAACAAGAUGCCCGAGACAAAGUGGAGGAGACAGAGCGCGUGGUGAGGGAGCUGAAGUCUCGAAUCUCAGCCAUGAAGGAGGAGAAAGAGCAGCUGAGCGCUGAACGACAGGAGCAGAUAAAACAGAGGACCAAACUGGAGCUCAAAGCCAAAGAUCUGCAGGACGAGCUGGCAGGAAACAGCGAACAGAGGAAACGGCUGCUAAAAGAGCGCCAGAAGCUUCUGGAGAAGAUUGAGGAAAAACAGAAGGAGCUACAGGAAACGGAACCCAAAUUUAACACAGUGAAAGAAAAAGAAGAGCGGGGAAUCGCCCGGUUGGCUCAAGCCACACAAGAGCGAACGGACCUGUACGCCAAACAAGGUCGUGGUAGCCAGUUCACCUCUAAAGAAGAGAGAGACAAAUGGAUCAAGAAAGAGUUGAAGUCUCUGGAUCAGGCCAUCAACGACAAGAAACGCCAGAUCGCUGCCAUCCACAAAGACCUGGAGGACACAGAAGCUAAUAAAGAGAGAAACCUGGAGCAGUACAAUAAAUUAGACCAGGACCUGAAUGAGGUGAAAACUCGCGUUGAAGAGCUGGACAAAAAGUAUUACGAGGUGAAGAACCGCAAGGAUGAACUACAGAGUGAGAGAAACUACCUGUGGAGAGAGGAGAACGCAGAACAGCAGGCGCUGGCAGCCAAACGAGAAGACCUGGAGAAGAAACAACAGCUACUGCGAGCCGCCACCGGAAAGGCUAUUUUGAAUGGUAUUGACAGCAUUAAUAAAGUAUUGGAGCAUUUCCGUCGGAAGGGCAUCAACCAGCACGUCAUCAACGGUUACCACGGCAUCGUCAUGAAUAACUUUGAGUGCGAACCUGCCUUCUAUACCUGUGUGGAGGUGACUGCUGGCACCAGGCUGUUUUACCACAUUGUGGAGACGGAUGAAGUGAGCACCAAGAUUCUGAUGGAGUUUAAUAAGAUGAACUUGCCUGGAGAGGUCACCUUCCUGCCUCUCAGCAAACUGGACGUCAGGGACACCGCUUACCCUGAGACUAACGAUGCAAUCCCUAUGAUCAGCAAGCUCCGUUACAGUACGAACUUCGACAAGGCCUUCAAACACGUGUUUGGGAAGACGCUGAUCUGCCGCAGUAUGGAAGUGUCCACUCAGCUGGCUCGAGCUUUCACCAUGGACUGCAUCACACUUGAGGGUGAUCAGGUGAGUCAUCGUGGUGCUCUAACCGGUGGAUACUACGAUACUCGUAAGUCCCGCCUGGAGCUGCAGAAGGACAUGAGGAAGGCCGAGGAGGAGCUCGGAGAACUGGAGGCCAAACUGAAUGAAAACCUCAGAAGAAACAUUGAACGUAUCAAUAAUGAGAUUGAUCAACUGAUGAAUCAGAUGCAACAGAUCGAGACCCAACAGAGGAAGUUUAAAGCAUCCAGAGACAGUAUACUGUCAGAGAUGAAGAUGUUGAAAGAAAAGAGACAGCAGUCAGAGAAAACGUUCAUGCCCAAGCAACGCAGUCUUCAGAGUCUGGAGGCCAGCUUGCACGCCAUGGAGAGCACACGGGAGUCUCUUAAGGCAGAACUGGGCACUGACCUGCUCUCUCAACUCAGUCUUGAGGACCAGCGCAGAGUGGAUGACCUCAAUGAUGAGAUCAGACAACUGCAGCAGGACAACAGACAGCUGCUGAAUGAGAGAAUUAAGCUGGAGGGAAUCAUGACCAGGGUGGAGACGUACCUCAACGAGAACCUGCGCAAACGCCUCGACCAAGUCGAGCAGGAACUAAAUGAACUAAGAGAAACAGAAGGAGGAACCGUCCUCACAGCGACAACUUCAGAGUUGGAUGGCAUCAACAAGCGGAUAAAAGACACUCUGGCUCGCUCUGAGGAUUUGGAUGGCCUCAUCGAUAAGACAGAGGUAGAGAUAAAGGAGCACCAGAAGAGUAUGGAGCGCUGGAAGAACAUCGAGAAAGAGCAGAACGAAGCCAUUAAUCAUGACACCAAGGAGCUGGAGAAGAUGACCAACAGACAGGGCAUGUUACUGAAGAAAAAGGAAGAGUGCAUGAAGAAGAUCCGUGAGCUGGGCUCCCUGCCACAAGAGGCCUUUGAGAAGUACCAGACGCUCACUCUCAAGCAGUUAUUCAGGAAGCUGGAGCAGUGUAACACAGAGCUGAAGAAAUACAGCCAUGUGAAUAAAAAAGCCUUGGACCAGUUCGUCAACUUCUCUGAGCAGAAAGAGAAGCUGAUUAAGAGGCAGGAAGAGCUGGACCGAGGCUACAAAUCCAUCAUGGAGCUCAUGAAUGUCCUGGAGCUGCGCAAGUACGAGGCCAUACAGCUUACCUUCAAACAGGUGUCUAAGAACUUCAGUGAGGUGUUUCAGAAGCUGGUGCCUGGUGGUAAAGCCACAUUGGUGAUGAAGAAGGGAGACACUGAGGGUGGUCAGUCUCAGGACGAGGGGGAGGGAGCGGACAGUGAGAGAGGAUCAGCCUCUCAGAGCAGUGUGCCCAGUGUAGAUCAGUUCACUGGAGUGGGCAUCAGGGUGUCAUUCACAGGUAAACAGGGAGAGAUGAGAGAGAUGCAGCAGUUGUCUGGAGGUCAGAAGUCUCUGGUCGCACUGGCGCUCAUCUUCGCCAUACAGAAAUGUGACCCUGCUCCUUUCUACCUGUUUGAUGAGAUUGACCAGGCUCUGGACGCCCAACACAGAAAAGCAGUGUCAGACAUGAUCGUAGAGCUGGCAGGACACGCUCAGUUCAUCACCACGACCUUUAGACCCGAGCUUCUGGAGUCAGCCGAUAAGUUCUAUGGCGUCAAAUUCAGAAACAAGGUGAGUCACAUCGAUGUGAUCUCAGCAGAGCAGGCGAAGGACUUUGUGGAGGAUGACACCACUCAUGGCUAAGAGAAAACACCCCUACACCUCUGUAUCACUCAAUUUUCUCUUCUCUCAUCCCCAUUUUCAGCUUGGUGUUUACAUUUUAAAAGCCAGGUUGGAAUCAGUGCAAAAAGUAAAAAAAAAAAAAUAAAAUAAAAAAAUCUCUUGUUGGAUUCUGAACAGGUUAUGCUAGUGAAAUGUUUUACAAUUAUUUUAUAUUUUCUCCUUUUUGUCGGUUCUCAUAUUUCAAGGAUAAAACACUGAAAACAUUUUUAUUAUUCUGAUGAAAUGUUCUGUGCUCAUAAUAUACUUGCUUCAGAGUUAUUUAAAGAUGAUAGACGUUAAAGAAUUUCAAUCCCUUAAUGGGAUUACCCAAAAUUCUGUCAUUAUUACCAUCAUUUUGUUCCAGACCUUUUAUGACACUUCUGUGGAAUCCAAAAGCUAAUGGUAGGCAGAAUGUUCACCACUGACUUUCAUUGUAUGGGGAAAAAGAUGCAAUGAAAGUGAAUAGUGACUGAGACUAACACACUGCCUAACAAUUUUUGUGUUCCAUAAAAGAAAGUAAGUCAUACUGGUUUGCAACACCGUGAGGUCAAGUAAUGUCUGAGAUUUUGUUUUUGGACAAACUAUUCCUAUAAACAUCAGCAGGAAAGGAAGAAAUGUAGCUUGUUGACUGUAUACACAGGUAGGUGUAAACUAAAGAACUGUGGUUUGCAGUCGGAAUGUCAAAACUGUUCUUUGUUCCUCACUGCUAAUAAACCAGCAUGAACCAUCAUUAAUGCAUUUUUUAAGCAAUAUAUAUAUAUAAAUAAAAUGUUUUGUUUUGUAGGUUUUCUGAGGUUAGACAUUUUUAUCAUUGUUUUUGGACGAUAACUUUCCAUAUGUUCUUUUAGGUCAUUGUGAUAUAUCAGUCUUUUAAUGUGUUUUCUGUUGCUCUUAAAUACAAUAAAAUUACUCGCAAGGACUUUAUCA